UGUAGUUCCUCGUUGAUGUUGCCGGUUGUAAUGUUUGCUUCCGACUUUGAAACUGAGUUGGCCAAACUCUCUCCGUACACAGCUGGGGUUUAUGAGAGUGACCCCGGAGGAGGGAGCCAGGACCUCCAAUGGGCUCCGAGUGUCUUCCAGCAGAUCUUCCAGAUACUCAUCGGAUGACAGACAUCAGACAUCACUGACCAAGGCGGGCAUCCUAUCCACACAAUUGACUCACUCCUCUGUUAGAGAAAGGUCAGCUCUCUAUCUGUCAAGAGCGGCAUCCAUUGACUCCAUUGGAGGUUCAACACAACCGGGACCGACUGGUACUUCAGGUGCGAGGAUUCAAGGACCAAGGACUAAAAGCAACAAGAUGGCUGAGGCAGCCAGGAAAGUCACAGUUUCGCAAUCAUCUCAUGAUGACGAUGACCUGCCUCUCCCACCACCUCCCCCUCCUGUGCCAGCCAGGCCCCUUGACUAUGAAGGGCCCUCGGCAUUAAAUAGCCUCCCCUUACCGCCACCUAGGGAAACCUUCUCCACAUACUACCAGCAAAGGCAGAAGACGGAACUGAAGAGGAUCUUCAAACACAUCCACCCGGACAUCCUGGGAGAUCUGGGUGAUGGUGUGGACGAUGAGAUCAUGAAGGCGGUGCAGCUAGAAGACACUGACGCAGCGGAUGCAGCUAAUCAGUGUGAAGUGCAAUCAAUGAGGUGGAUCUUUGAAAACUGGAACCUGGAUAGUAUUGGGGAUCCUCACGCGACCAAGAAGUUGCUGGAUGAGGAGGACAUAACAGGCGGAAAUGUCCGAGGGACCUCCUCCAUGUUUGAGCACAGCGAUAGAGGACAGCAGAAACGUGCAGAAAGGCAGAACUCUGUCCGGGGGGAUGUAAGAACAUCCACCUGGUUGUUUGAAACCCAGCCCUUAGAUUCCCUUCGUAGAACAGAAGACGGAGAGCUUGUUGAAGCCGUGCUGAAAGAGGCCAUCCAGCCGGGAGAUGUUUGCGGGACUCGGCUGCUCUUUGAGACUAAACCACUCAGUGACUUGGGACGCUGCAACUCAAUAGAGGACCAGAAUUUCUUGAAACUGAAGUCUGAGCUCCAGGAACAAAAAGGAGAUGUCCAGAAGACUGUGAAACUCUUCCAGGCAGAACCUCGCUGUGCCAUCAGGGACAAAAGUGGCAAUAUCCAUUCAAUCAAAUCCAUCUGCAGGGAGGAGAUCAGAAACGGCAACACGAGCUCGACCCGUUGGUUAUUUGAAACUCAGCCUUUGGACCUGAUUAGUAAGGGAACCGAUGGAGUGAAAAUAAUUCGGGGUAUUUCCCUGGAGGAGGGGCACAGAGGUGGAACGGACAGAAAAAGGUGGAUGUUUGAAACUCAGUCCUUCGACGCCAUAGAAGAAGUUGUCGUGGACAAGUUUGAGGGAUCAAUAGCUGAGUGCACGGGAGAAGUGGAUGUCACCAACAAGACGAAGCUCUUUGAGAUGCAACCGUUGGCAACACUAAGAGGAAAUGCAGAGGAAAAGAGUUUGGAAAGGGAAAAUAUCAUUGGGGGAGAUGUAAAGACCUCCCUGUGGCUGUUUGAAACCCAACCAAUGGAGACUCUGAAUGAUAGCUACGAAGUUGGCUGUUUGGAAAAAGUUACCCUUUCAGCCGAUGAAAAGGGAGCGGUAAAAGACAAAAAGAUCAUAUUUGAGAGCGGCAGCGCCGGAAAGAGCAUCUCAGUCAAAGAACAAGAGAUUGAAAAGGGUGAUGUUCGAGGUUUCAAGCAACUUUUUGAAACAAUCCCAUUGAGUAGAAUCGCUCCUUCUGAUGAGAACUGUGACAAAGAAAAUGUCACACCAGAAAAUGCCAUGCAGGAAGAUGCUCCUUUGUAUGCCAUAAAAGACAGCUCUGGAAACUUCUACAAGAUAACAACUGUCAACCGUGAGGAAUUCAUCAAGGGCAAGGUUCAGAACUACAAGUGGAUGUUUGAGACCAAGCUUUUGAAUGAGCUCACAGAAGGAAAGGAAAAUGUUGAGGUAAUCAAAGGCAUCACAAGAGAGGAGGACACAAUGGGGGAUGUCAAGUUGGCAAAGUGGCUUUUUGAAACCCAGACAAUAGAUGGGAUUCAUUCCAAGUUCAACCAGACGGAGCCAAGUCGCUCUCUUGAAACGGAGCCCCGGAAAGGCAAUGUCAAGACAUGCAAAUGGCUUUUUGAGACACGACCAAUGGACAUCCUGUACGACAAAUCAGAAAAAGUUAAGGACACAGAGGCCAUCGACAACCCCAGUGUCAAGUCCAUUACAUGGCUUUUUGAAUCCCAGCCAUUAGACACCAUCAAAGAGGAUGGCGAGUACAAUCUGAAGCUCUGUGACACCAUACAGAAUUCAGUCAAAUCUGAGGCGGGUGGUCAAACAGUCAAACAUCUGAUUGAGACAGAGACCCUGGACAAAAUUGGAAAUGGCACAUACUCAGACCAAGAUGUAAGAUGUGUCAGUCAAGUUAACGUUCAAUCAGGAGAUGUCUCGAGAGUCAAAGAACUUUUUGAAUCCCGGUCCCUUGAUGAAAUCGGAUCAGAGAUGGCAUGCGAUGAACAAAAUGAUGAUAACAUCCAAAAGGGAUCAGUACAUAAAUUUACAUGGUUGUUUGAGAACUGUCCCAUGAACACGUUCAAUAAGGACAAUGAUGAUGCAAACAUCCAGAGAGUAAUUGAAGAUGUGAGUGGGGACGUGAAGAACAAGAAGUUUAUAUUUGAAACCUCCUCACUGGAUAAAAUCCACGACCAACCUCUUGAACAAAAAUCAAUCGGUGUGGAAGAGCCUAUGGGGGAUAUUGACGUGAAGUCUAGCACCAUGAUGUUCGAGUCCCUGCCACUGUAUGCCAUUAGGGACAAAGAGGGAGAGUUUCAUGAGGUGACGACUGUGCAAAAAGAGGAGAUAUUGAGCGGUGAUGUAAGAGGAGCCAGAUGGAUGUUUGAGACUAAGCCCCUUGAGUCUAUCAAAGCAGAGAAUGAAGUUUAUGUGAUCAGAGCUGUCACUCAAGAGGAUGUCGAGAAGGGAGAUGUCAAAUCAGCCAGAUGGAAAUUUGAAACACAACCACUGGACUCCCUUACCUGUCGAGAGGAACCUUCUGUCAAGGUCAUUGACGACUUUGGGAGCUGUAAUGUGCAGCUCAAUAAAAAGAUAUUUGAAUCUGAGGAAUCCAACAAGUUUGUAAGGAUGGUUAGUGUCACCGACAUUCAGCGUGGAGAUGUCAGGACCUCCACCUGGCUCUUCGAGAAUCAAAACGUCGACACGCUAAGGGGUGAACAUCAAGAGCAAGGUCCAGUCAAAACGGUCUACAGAGAAGACAGCCAGAAAGGAGAUGUGAAACGCUGUACUUGGAUGUUUGAAUCACAGCCACUGGACAAAAUCAAGCAGCAAGAAGAAACUUCAUUCCAAGGUACUGAGGAGACGAUACCAAAAGCUGAUGUGAAGUGCACGACCUGGCUCUUUGAGACAACCCCACUGGACAAGAUCACCUCCAGUAGUGUCACUGACACAGUGGUAUACUUAAGUGAACUGCAUUUAAUUCACUCAGGUGGUAUCAUAGUUGAAGCAAAUGAAGGUCGAAACGUUACCAUGGCGAAAUUCCAACUCGGAAACACAAAUGAAGUCCAAAUUCAGAAGGAGGAGGUUGUUGAGGGCAACCUUAGAAACAUCAUGCUACAGCUCCUACUCAAACCAACCAACCCACAGGUUACUCUUCUCAAAGAAGCGGAGAAAGGACAAGUGACUUCCACCAAAGUUGAACUUCCAGUCUAUCAUUCAUCUACAACUAUUACCCUUGAGCGAGAUCAAAUAAUACAGGACAUAGUUCAGAUGAUCGACGAAAUGCUUGUUCACGAUAAAAACUUCAAGAAAGGGAUCCUCAUGCAAGAGACUGCUGGGGGACAAGCGGAGAUGUCUGUCUAUUUACUCAGCAGCCACAGUGAAGCUAAAGCUCAAAGUCCUGCUAUUGAAAGAGGAGAUGUGAAGUCGACUAUUGGAAAUUUGUUAGCCACUGCCAACAGUCAAAAAACAGCAGCGUCAUGCAGAAUUGACGAAAACGAAAAGGGGAAUGUCAACCUGUACAAAAGUUGCAUUGAGAAAGGAGAUCUGCACUACCUGAAAAGUCUUCAUUCUGCGGUAUCAGAAGAUGAAACGGAUUGUAAUACUCUUAGCAAGGAGCAAACUGAAAUCGUACAGGGCGAUGUGAGGGAAGCUAAGAGGAGUCUAUGUCAGCAAAAGGAGCUGGUGGAGCGAACUAUUUCUGAUGUCCUACCAGGCGAUGUGAAGAACACCAAAAAGGUAUUCAUAUCAGAGUGUGCCUUCAAUGCUGAAAACUCUGUUCCUAAGGAUGAAAUCAUUCCUGGCGACGUUUCAACAGCCAAACAACAACUUGCCGCAAAGCAAGAAAUCGUAGUCGAGAAAGAGAACAUUGUGGCGGGAGAUGUCAAGGCAACAAUGCAGUCUUUAGAACGUGCAAAGCAACAAAGCAUGUGCGUAGAGCGGGAGGUAUUUACACCCGGAACUAUUUAUGAUAUGGACUUGUCAAGUAAAUGCCCUGAAGCAGAUGAAGCCCAAGUCCAAAAAGAGAUGAUCAUAUGUGGGGAUGUGAAAGCGGCUAAAAAGUCCCUGGAACUGGCCAAGCAGCAAAGCAUGCAUCUGGAGCGGGAAGUCAUUGUUCCUGGAAAAAUAUACAAUCUGGAAGUCUCUGCACAAAAAGAAAGGUCGUCAGUGGUUACGCAAUCGUCUUCCUCCAGGAGUCAACAAGUCAAGACUUAUUCAAAGGUUAGUGAUACUAUGAAAGAUUUGGAAAAUUGUUCCUUAGAGGCUUGCCAACAGGGAGAUGUAUCUCAUUUUAGUGCAGUUAUAGUCAGUAAUAAUGUACCUUUUGUAAGCUAUGAAUGCAAUGGUCUAAUAACAGGACACGAUGAGACAGAAGAUGUUAUUAAAGGAGAUAUAAAGGCAGCAAUUAGAUCUCUGCAAAGUGCUGCAACCGAGCAGAGGCUCCCAGAUAAAGAAGACAUUGUAGGCGGUAAUGUUCACCUAGCGCUGCAAUCGCUUGAGAGGUCUAGUGUAAAUGUCUCCAAGGGAGACUUUAAAUCUGCAAUGCUAUACAGGAAGUCAGAAAGAGCUUGUUCAGAGAGGGGUGUUGUGGUGUCUGUGCCUCCAUCUGACACAACAUUGUCUCCUUCAAUUUCAGUAACCUGUCAAGGGAAACCAUCCAUCACAGCACGGAAACCCACAUGCUACCCAGUAGAAAACAAAGGCUCUAGAAGGUCCAGUUCUGAGGUUGAGGCUCCACUCCUGCAAAAGACACCACAGGACCUGAAGCCGGCAUUGCCACCAAAGCCACACUUGACUAAACCUGUGUUUGUAGACGAUGUGAACGUGACGCCAGCAAAGAAAAACACUGCAGGGACUCAUCCUGAUGCAAAGCAAUGCACACAACUUCCCACUAAUCGGUUAAUUGAGAGCGCAGGGGCCACAACUGCGCAUAAACCCGACUACCAAGUGACAAAGUCAAACACACCUGAAUUGGAGAUGGAGAGAAAUGUCAUCCAGAGAAUUAAUGCAGCAGAGGAGAUACAAAAGUGCAUGAAGGAUUAUGACGACAAUGCAAAGCAUGAAAUGAACAUGAGCUUGCAGGCUGCUUUAAAGAACUUUGAAAGAACGGGGAGUGAGACCCUGAAUAAAAAAGCAGAGUUCUUACCCACAAAGAUUGUUAAAAACGACAUGGUUGAAUUGGGGAAACAGACCUCAAAGACAGCCCCAGCUCAAAACUGCAGACCAAUGCUCUCACAGGGUGAAAAUGAAAAUAAAGUUGUUUUGAGAGAGAAGAAAGGUAAAGAGACGGAGGUUGAGCGACGACAGAGGCUCUCUGUGCACAAGGAUGAGAUCAUGAAGGGCAACGUAAAGGCAGCCAUGGAAAUCUUUGAGAAUAUCAGGAAACGAGAGGAACUCAAGGGAAUCUUAUCUCAGGUGCAGGAGAUUGAAGGAGCAACCAGCAAUGCGGACGACAGCUCUUUGAAGACAGUUUGUGAUAGUGUCCCCGCUUGGGUGGCAUCACCAAAUAAAAAUUCAAAGCAAAGCAAACAACUGGAAAAGAAAGUUGAAACUGAGACACGGGAUGAUGAUCUAGAAAGUAUUUCUUCGGUCGAAACUGCGUACGAGGAUUUGGAAAAAGCAAGUAAAGAGAUAUUAAAUCUGAAGGAGCAGACUUUGGCGAAACUCCUUGACAUCGAAGAGGCGAUCAAAAAGGCUCUCUACUCGGUCUCUAACCUGAAAUCGGAGUCAGACAUUGCUGGGUUGUCAGGACUGUUUGAUGAGUCUUUAAUAGCGGAGCAACAUAUUCAACCUGCCAACAAGGUCAGGAAAAUCAGCAUUGCGUCAACCAGGGCUAAAUCAGGUCAAGGCAAAGAAACGACAAACCCACGCAGCAACUCAAGUCUUCCAAAGAAAGAAGGGUCUGGACAAGUCAACAACAGGCUCAUUAGACAGUCCUCUUCCCCGUCGUCCCCGUCAUUUAUCUCCAUUCAUUCCGCUGCCAGAAGGCCUGCUGAACAACAGAAGCCCACUAUGUCCACAUUUAAACCAGCACUGGAGGAAAAAGGUCAAAGUUGCGAAGGCCAUUCGGCCCAUGAGUCUGGUAACAGCCCAGCAAAGCAUAAGGUUAGCAUGCUUGAGGUGCAAACAGUUCCCAAGGAACCUGCAGGAAUCAUCGGGACAAAGACUGUCAGUGAAACCUACGAAGAGACCGAUGGCUUUGGAAACGUUUUUGUAUCCUCUGUGAAGUCUACAUUUGUUACCAAACAGUCUGACAGUAUGCCAGCUGCCCUGUUUGAGGUGGUCGGGAGCCCAACCAGAUACGAAGUCAUGACAUCCCCAUUAGUGCAAAGAUCUAGUUUCCCCCCUAAGGACGAGAAGCUGAGUAAGACGGACAAGAAAGGGAAAGUGUUUGUAGCGUUUAGCCAACCCAACAAAGGACACUGAACAAACCUGCUCCUUAGCGGUCUUUAGGGGACUACGUACUGCAUUUGUGUUAUCAAGUUUUGUUCAUUAUAAAAUCUGAUGUCAUGUAGUGAUGGAUAUGUUCAAUUUUUAUUUAAAAAAAAAUUUGUCUUAUGGAUUUUAUACUGUACUUAUAUUAUAUAGAAUGUACAAUUAUUUUAAAUGAAACAAAAUAGCUGUAAGGUGUUGUGUAAAUUGUUUAAUAAAUUACAA